AUGGCAUUAACAAGAAGUGGAGCAAGAAGAACAGUCAGUGCAAAUUACUCUGAUUCAGAUGUAACUGAUGAGGGAUCGUCUGAUGAUGGAUCAAGAUCUAGAUCAAGGUCAAGAUCAAGAUCAAGAUCAUCGUCGCGGUCGUUAUCUAGAUCAUCAUCAUCAUCAUCGUCAAACUCUGAUUAUGAGUCAUCUUCAUCACCAGACUCAAAUACAAGAAGAGGUGGUUCUACAACAACCAAAAAGUCAAGUACUAGUACUACUACUUCAACAUCUAAAGCAAAACCAGCAGCAGCACAGAGCAAAAAGAAACCAGCUGCUUCAUCUUCGACACCUCCUCUAUCUAAACAAUCCUCCUCUAAACAAGCACCAUUGGCCAAACAAGCACCUAUUAAAAAGAUUGCGGCUUCCUCAAAGAGUAAACCAACCAAGGCAAGUGCCAAACGAAACAUUGAAAAUAGUAGUAGUAGUAGUAGCAGUGGUAGUUCCGAUGGAUCCGAUGUAGAUGUUGGAAAUGAUUCUGCUGAAUCACCAGUUAGUAGUUCAUCCUAUAGUUCAUCCAAUUCAAAUAGUUCACCAACCAAUAAUAAUAAUAACAAUAACAACAUUGAUUCAGAAUCAUCUGGUGAUGAAAUGGAUGUUGACCAGGAUACAGAAACAACAAAGUCUGGUAGUGGUAAUAAUAAAAAGAGAUCUAAAAAGACACCACCAACAACUAGUAAACAACCAACACCUAAAUCUAAAAAGACAUCACCAACUCAAACACCAUCACAACAAAGUAAAUCAAAGAAAGCUGCUACAACUAAAAAAGAGGAGGCGCCACCACCACCUCCACCACCAUUACCAGUCAAGACAAAGGCAGGUAGUAAAAAGUCUGCACCAAAUACACCAGCCAAUACAUCAAAUCCUUCGACGCCAUCACUUUCAAGUUCAUCGUCUGCCAAUUCAUCGGUACCACCAUCAAACACACUACCAUUUAAAAAUCCAUCAUUUGAUAUCAAUGGAAUCGAUCCAAAAAAGAAACAAAACUGGAAAUCAAUUAAACAAAUUCUAACCUCUGAAAAUUAUCAACAAUUACCUGCUAAUUUCCCAACUUAUGUAAAUAUUGAAGUACCACCUACUUUAUUACCAACAAAAAAAUAUUGUGACAUUACAGGUUAUGUUGCACCAUACACUGAUCCAAAGUCAUCGUUACGUUAUUGUAAUUCAACCAUUUAUCAAAUCAUUCAAAAGUUUCCAUUAAAUAUCCCUCAAUCCUAUCUAUCACUUAGAAAAGGUUAUUCAACUUAUAGAUAG